AUGAAUUCGAUAGCCAGGACCGCAUCAAGCAUUCCGAUCAGGACAAUCAGCCGGGCUCGACCAAGUGUCAUUUCUGGCACAGCCGACCUUCGAUCUUCGCGGUACUUGUCGACCGGACAGACGACCAUAAGCCGUCAGUCCACGACUCAUCGGAAGCCAUGGAUCGCUGGACUGCUCUCUUCGAUCCUGGUUGCCGUUGGCUUACACCAAUAUUCGUCGAAACCCAUCCAUAACUCAACUGAAGAAAAUUUGUUGAAUGACGAAAAUAUGAUUCGGAAAUCAAGACAAGAACUGAAGACAACUAUGGACGAUACCAAGCUCCCGAUGCGAGACAGAAUGUCGGCGUAUAUCGAGCUGCUGCAAUCGCAGAUAGUCGAAGGUCUCACGAGUGUCGAUCCGAGCACGACGUUCCGAUGGGAUCAUUGGGAACGAGCGUCAGGCGGAUCGGGGACGUCGUGCAUAUUACAGGAGGGAGCGGUGUUCGAGAAGGCGGGAGUGAAUGUGUCGAUCGUGCAUGGCAGUCUUCCGCCGGCGGCGGUAGCACAGAUGCGGCACCGAUUGGACGAGGACCGGUUCGGAUGGUGGGACGGGAAACAGGACUUGCCAUUCUUCGCCUGUGGGAUCAGCCUCGUCGUCCAUCCCCACAACCCGAUGGCCCCGACGGUCCAUCUCAACUACCGCUACUUCGAGGUCCUCGACCCUUCCUCUUCCCAAGAAGAAGGCACCACCAACCCCAAGGUGUGGUGGUUCGGCGGAGGAACCGACCUGACCCCCUCCUAUCUCUUCCCAGACGACGCAAAACACUUCCACACACACCUCAAAACUCAGUGCGAUAAACACAACCCGAGCUUCUAUCCGGACUUCAAAGCCUGGUGCGAUCGCUACUUCUUGAUCCCUCAUCGCAACGAACGCCGCGGUAUAGGUGGCAUCUUCUUCGACGAUCUCUCCGGCGAUCCCAACCAACUCUUCCACUUCGUUCGCGACCUCGGCGACCAUUUUUUGCCUAGCUAUCUGCCCAUCAUCGAGCGUCGUCAAUGGAUGAGAUUCUCAGACCAUCACAAACGUUGGCAACAAUUACGUCGGGGCCGAUACGUCGAAUUUAAUUUGGUGUAUGAUCGAGGGACGAAGUUCGGAUUAGCGACACCGGGAGCCCGGAUUGAGAGCAUUCUGAUGAGUCUGCCGUUGACUAGCCGAUGGGAAUACAUGAGUGAUCUAGGGACGGAGGCCAACUCUGCAGAGAAGGAGUUACUUGAGGUCUUGAAGGAGCCUAGAGAAUGGGCUUAG